AUGAUAAAAGAAGUGGAGCUGGCUCCCCUGCUAUUUUUCUGUCUUGCUCACCACUUUCCACCAAUUACAUUGGCCGAAUCCCGUUGUCAUUCCGUUGUCAUCGGUCGCCACUUUAAAAAUCCCGUUGUCAUUCCGUUGUCAUCGGUCGCCACAUCAAAAAUCCCGUUGUCAUUCCGUUGUCAUCAGUCGCCACUUCAAAAAUCCCGUUGUCAUUCCGUUGUCAUCGAUCGCCACUUGAAAAAGUUUGUGGAAAUCACACUGUUUUUGCCCAAUAAAAAACGCCAAUGGCGCCGGAAGCACCAUUUCUCCGAGCACUCCUGCUGA